AUGAACUGUGCUUCCAGGAAUGACUUGAUCGAAACCAUUCGUGACAAUCAAGAACAUGAAGAUGCGGAGCGAGCAAACGGUGAAGCAGAUAGUGGCGAACAAGAGCAAACCGAAGAACAACAACCAGACAUGCCUGAGGGUCUGUCAACGCCUGUGAAUGUGGCGCAAUCAGAAAAGCCUAAGAAGAAGAAGAAAAAGAAGAAAAGCAAGACGGCCAACUUGCCCGAAGCAGGUGCAGAUAUUGCCGACAACUUCGAAGAAAAGUACAAGGAAGAUGUGGUCGAAAACCCUUACGAUCCAUCACGACCAUUAAACCAACGCGUCGAAUAUGCCAUCUGGAAAUAUCGCAAAAACCAUCGUUUCACUGAUUCUAAACGCUCCAUUUUCGACAACUACUUGAAAUUCGGUGGAAUCAAGACCGGCCCGAACGCGUUUAUGGGUCGUGCCACGGGCGGUGAUCAAGACGCGGAUGGCGAGGCUGACUGGGACGCUGCCAAGAUUGGCACCGAUACUGUACCGAAUGCUGAUGAAGAUGACGAAGGGCUCGAAGUCAAUUUCACCGAAGUCGCUCAAGUUUAUCUGGGCAACACAUUUAUCCGCGAAACUCGUUUCAUUGGCCAGCAAGACUUUAUCGAUGCACCUGUACUGAUUGAUGCAUUCCUCCGCUACCUGCAGAUCCGAAAUGUGUGCCCCGAGUAUGCCGAUGAUAUUUCUCGAGCGCGUGAAGUUAUUGCCAAAGCCAAGAUCGAACUGCCGAUGUGCAAACGAGCGGCCAUAGCACUACCAGGCACAUUCAAUCGAGCUUGCAACGUUUUGUUUGGAGGUGGCAUGAAGGUCGCAUGGGUCACCGAGGCCUCGUGGAUGCAGGCAACGUCAAAAACGCAAAAACUCAUUGAUCAGUUCAUGAGCGACACAGUGGGCUCUGUGGAUGAUGAAACGCGAAACAGCGUCAGCGCGGUUGUUGGCGAUUAUACCAAACGCACGGUGGUGGAUGAACGUAAAGACCUGUUUGUCAAGAUCAUGGAUAUUGCUGGAUCAUCAUCAAGUUCUUCGGAACAGGAAAGGGAGCAGCAAGAAGAGAUCACAAAGGAGGAGGACCCGUUGGUUGAAGUCAUCUUGGCUGACUAUGAAAACGAGCAAGAUACCUUCAAGAUUCUCCUGGAGAAAUCGAUUUCCCAGGAGCUGCUCAAGGGCAUGGUGAUGACGGUAGCCAUGUACAAACUGGAUAGUGGCCAUUGGUACUUGGACAGAGCAGGACAGAUCAUGCCCACUUUCUACAUGGUUGAUGACUGCUUGGAUUCCGACGCUUUUUUGUUUGAAUGA